CUGACAGUUGCGCUGUCAGUCGGACCGCAGAUGAACCAAUCUGGCAAGAUACGCCGUCCACCUACAGGGCCCAAAGAAAAGCGACCCAAAGCUGGCCCCGUGCGGAAAAGCAAAACAUUUUCGUAACCUUUUUUCGCCCCAGAACCGAACAGUUUUCCAGCACCAGCAGGGAAUUAGAAGCAGCGCCGUUGCGAGCCGCCCGACAGCAUCACCAUGCUGUACCUCGAGGAUUACUUGGAAAUGAUCGAGCAUCUGCCCCAGGAGCUGCGGGACCGAUUUACCGAGAUGCGCGAGAUGGAUCUGGCGGUGCAGAACAAUACCGAUGCGCUGGACAAGCGCGUUCGGGCCCUGUUUCAGCAGUGCCGGCGGGCCGAAAUCUCGUCCCCGAUGGCGGACGUCGAGUUCGACUCGAUACGCACCAACUACUACCGCGUGCUGGACGACUCGGACGAGAAGAUCCAGCUGGCCGGGCAGAUGUACGAUCUGGUCGAGCGGUACCUGCGCCGGCUCGACACCGAGCUGGACAAGUUUAAGUGCGAGCUGGAGGCGGACCAUAACGGCAUCACGGAGAUACUGGAGAAGCGCUCGCUCGAGCUGGACAGCAUGACGAGCAAUGGGGGUGCAAACCAGAAGGAGAAUCGGUUUUACGACACGCAGAACGCCCACCCGGCCGGCCACUCAGGUCGGUCGGACGGUGGCGGCAGCCGGUACAAGGUGAAGGCCGAGAAGCGGCGUGACAGCGUGGCCCCGGGCAUGUCGAUGGGGGCGGCCGCAGCGUCCGUUGAGAAGCGCUCCGCAGCCGGCACGUCCAAGCCACUCAACAAUAGCGCCCUGCGCCCAAACACCCCGGCCGUGCUGGCGGCCGGUGGGCUGGGAGUGGCGGGAGCGGUAGCAGCCGGAGCAGCAGCAGGAGGAGCGGCGGGACCGAUGGUGGUCGGCGGCGUGCCGGGAGCAAUCGGAGCGAUCGCAACGGGCGGUGUAGUGGGCGCGGCUGGGGCCGGUGCGCUCGCCACCGUGCCCUGCCCGCAGCCCGUCCCGGUGCUCGGUGGUGCAGCCGGUCCGGGUGCGGGUGGGGUGGCAGCGGCCACCUACAAUCUGCAGACGUGCGGCGCCGGCAAUGCGAUCGUGGCCGCCGCCAGCCAGGCCAUCGCGCAAACGCAGCAGAUGCAGCAGGGGCGCCGCACGGCCAGCCUGAAGGCGUCGUACGAAGCGAUCGGUGGGGUCGGGUCGCACGAGCUGCUGCUCAACAGCGAGCUUGCCGGCGCCACCCACAACGCGCUGCAGGCGGUCGAGCGGGAGUCGACCGCGUUCUCGAACCAGCGGCGGCAGAAGAAGAAGAGCGUCAAUGCCCUCGGCUGCGGCAAUCUGCGUACCAACCCGACCAUGCUGGUGAACGCUUCGAACGUCACGUCCAUGCUGUCGUCGAGCUCGCCGAACGUGCAGACGCUUUCCAGCUCGCCGUCGCUGUCCUCUGUCUCGGUGCACGUCCACACAUCGCCACUCCAGCAGCAGCAGCAGCAGCAGCAGCAGCAGAAUCAGCAACAGUCGCCGCAGUUUGCCGCUCAGCAGCAGCAGCAGCCGCAGCAGCAACACCAGUCGACGGUGCAGUCCCAGCAACUGCUAAUACACGCGAACACGCCCGUCAGCCUACAGCACGGUCAGCUGCAGCCGGUAAUGCAGCAGCUUACCUUGCCGCCGAUUCCCGGCAUGAAGCACCUGCCCGGACAGCAACAGCAGCAGCAGCUCCUCAACCAGCAGAAACCGGUGCAGCUCGUAUCGGCCCAGCAUCGGAUGCCGCGACAGCUGCAACCUCAGCAGCUACAGCAGUCGCUGCAAGCCCAACAUCUUCAGCAGCAGCAGCAGCUGCAGCGGCCGCAACUACUUCAGCAGCAAGCGCAACAGCUGCACACCGUUCCUCACCAGCAGCUGCUGCAGGCACAGUCCCAGCAGAAGCAGCAGCUGCAGCAGCAGCUAAAAUCCGUACAGCAGCACGCCACGUUCCAGCAGGCGCAACAGCAGCAGCAAGUCCAGUCGCAACUGGUCCAGCAGCAGCAGCAACAGGUCGUGCAGCACAUGCAGCAGCUGCCGGUGCAGCAGCAGUUGCUCGACCACAAAGACAUCCAGCUGCAAUCGUCCCAGCAAUUGCUGCAGCAGCAGCAGCAGCAGCCACAGCAAGUGUUCCAGCAACAACGGCAGCUGCUCCUACAGCAGCAGCAGCAACAGCUGCAACAGCAGCCACAGCUGCAGGCUGCCCAGCAGCAGCUGCUGCAGCUGCAGAACAAGCAGCACGGUGCCGGCGGCCAACAGGCGGUACAAGUCCUGCCCCAAUCGCUGCACCAGCAGCAACCGUUCAUGACGAGCGUGGCGCAGACGAGCGGCAGCAACGCGACCGUUGUCAACGUGUCCUCCUUCAUGGAUACGCUCAUGACGAACAGUGGCAGCACCGGCGGGACUGCUGGCACCAGCGGAACGAGCAGCAGCACCACCACCACCACCUCCGCCGCCGCUGCUGAACCGGCGGCCUCCGUCGACCAGGCGCCAGAAGGAGAGUGGUUCGAUCCGAACGAGCCACGCUACUGUCUCUGCAAUCAGGUCUCGUACGGCGAUAUGGUCGCGUGCGACAAUGAAGAUUGUCCCUUCGAGUGGUUCCAUUAUCCGUGCGUUAACAUAAGCUCCUCACCAAAAGGCAAGUGGUACUGUCCGCAGUGCAGCAGCUCGAUGAAACGGCGUGCUUCGAGAAAAAAUUAAUCAGCCAAUGGAGUGUUUUUUAUAGCUCUUUUAUUUAGAUUUUUUUUUUCUUCCUCGCAUGGAACACAGCCACACAUUUGGCAAGCAUUCUAGGGAGAGGGCAUUAGUAUGAAUUUAUUCUAUACAUGUGAUUUCCUUUGUUGCGCUAAUUGAACUUGCAGUGAACGGAGGCGAUUCCCCAUUCCCCAUGAACAGCUGGGCCUCCCGUUUCCCCUUUUUGAUAGUUUUUUUUUUACGAUUCACCCGCGGCCCCGCCAGAGUGAUGUAUUAAUGUUCCGUAAACUUUUUUGUUUCGUUUUAUUUUUGAGUCUUGUAGAGUUUGCAACGCAUUUAGGGUUUCAAUUAAGAGGAAGGGAAAAAAGCAAGAACACAUUUUUUAGCCCACAAUAUUCUUUGCUCAUAAGUCGGUACCGUGCCUACCCCAUUCUCUAUUUAUUUUGAACUUUGAAUUGAAUUGAAAACGGCCCAUUUGAAAACUUUUGUGAACGAAGAAUUGUAACACGUUGGUGAAGCAUUGGGGCAGCACUUGUUUGCUGAAAUAGAGAUGGCUUUUUCAAUUGUUA